GGUUCUUGCUUGACAGGUCUUCACUAUCAGUUGAAAUGUCUAUGAUUUUAUCUGCCUCAGUCCUUCGUGUCAGAGAUGGGCUGCCCCUUUCUGCUUCUACCGACCAUGAGCAAAGCACAGGAGUGCAAGAGUGCAGAAAAUAUUUCAAAAUGCUCUCAAGGAAGCUUGCUCACCUUCCUGAUAGAUGUACACUGAAAACUGGACGUUAUAACAUUAAUUUUAUUAGCUCUCUGGGAGUGAGCUACAUGAUGUUGUGCACUGAAAAUUACCCCAAUGUCCUGGCCUUCUCUUUCCUGGAUGAGCUUCAGAAGGAGUUCAUUACUACUUAUAACGUGAUGAAGACAAAUACUGCUGUCAGACCAUACUGUUUCAUUGAAUUUGAUAACUUCAUUCAGAGGACCAAGCAGCGAUAUAAUAAUCCCAGGUCUCUUUCAACAAAAAUCAAUCUGUCUGACAUGCAGACGGAAAUCAAGCUGAGGCCCCCUUAUCAAAUCCCCAUGUGUGAACUGGGGUCAGCCAAUGGAGUCACAUCUGCAUUUUCUGUUGACUGUAAAGGUGCUGCGAAGAUUUCUUCUGCUCAUCAGCGACUGGAACCUGCAACUCUGUCUGGAAUUGUGGCAUUUAUCCUUAGCCUUUUAUGUGGGGCUCUGAAUUUAAUUAGAGGCUUCCAUGCCAUAGAAAGUCUCCUCCAGAGUGAUGGUGAGGAUUUUAAUUACAUCAUGGCCUUUUUCCUUGGAACAGCAGCCUGUCUGUACCAGUGUUAUUUACUUGUCUACUACACCAGCUGGCGGAAUGUCAAGUCUUUUUUGACUUUUGGCUUAAUCUGUCUCUGCAAUAUGUAUCUUUAUGAACUGCGCAACCUCUGGCAGCUCUUCUUUCAUGUGACUGUGGGAGCAUUCGUCACACUACAGACCUGGCUCAGGCAGGCCCAGGGCAAGGCUCCGGACUAUGAUGUCUGACACCACCUGCGGAUGUAUGGCCUUGUCUUCAGGAGAUACAGGAGGGAGCAUAUCUUAACGGCCACUGGGAGGAAGAAACGGCUCACCACCGAUGAGAAGCUUGACUUUGCUUUGCCGCCUCCCUUCCUUUCUGUUUUCAAUCAGCACAGCGUGCCUGUGAGCCUGCAGGACCUGCCGGCGGUCUCCUGUCGGAAGAAUGAUGCUGUGAGAUCACCCUCCUGAGGAGCCAGAGGCCUCUCUUGUGGGCCCUGCGGGGAGGAACAGUCAGGCACCACUGAAAGACUUGGCUGGCAGUCUGGAAUUCUUGCUGAAGGAGUUGAGUCGUGUAUAUGUGAUCCUUGCUCUGCAGACAGGGCAGGGACUACCUGUGGGUUUGCCUUUGUGAGGCAUGAGUAGAGAAAGAUGGGGCAGUAAACAAACGUUUAUAUUUCAAACAGGUGACUUACUAAACAUCAGCUUCUUUACACAUUUAUGGUACCACGCAUAUCUGAGGGCCAGGAGGGUGUGGAAUUGGCUGGUUUUCAUGUUUACUUUUGCCUGAAUCAACUCUGGAAGUCACCUACUACGGGAGAAGGCACUUGUGAGCUCGUGUCUGGAACAUCACAGCAUUGAAAGCGCGGUGACACGUGUUUUCUGCCUAGACCGCUUUUGUGGUUUCUUUUGAAGUCACCUUUCAAGACGUGAUUUGUCAGGCGAUAGCCGUUAUUUCUCAGACUGUAAUGACUUGAAUGCUGCCAAAUUAUUAUUUACUUAAGAUUUAUCUUUUAAAUGUUAAAGUAUUGUAAAGAGAAACUAAUCCCUACCGCAAGUGGAAAGCCAGUGUCCAUUUGCCAUCUAUAAAAGGUAGCCACAAAACAGUGAAAAUGAAGUUAUUAAAUUCCCACUCAUGUCUACCUGGGCUCUGAAACUAA